AUGUCCAAAGAAAAGGAUGAAAAGCUCAGGGUAUAUAGCAGUUCAAGACCACCGUCCUUAUUCAAAAACCCAUGUAAAGGAAAAGCCCCACCGCGACUCCCAACCCUUGAAGAUACUGCCUUUUCGCUUACCGAAAACGGCAACGUAUAUUUAUUAAAACGAGAAUACAACGAAGCACUCAAAGCACUCAACAAAGCGCUCGAACUGCUGCCAGACUAUGCAGCAGCGCUCCAGACACGCGCAGAAGUUUAUCGCAUGUUGGAUCGUUAUGAGGAAGCCCUCGCUGAUUUCAAUCGCGCAUUGCAAUUCGAACCCAACAGCGUCUUUGCGCUCACUAAUCGAGGGGAAGUGUAUAGAAUGCUACACAAACCACACGAAGCCUUGGAAGACAUGAACAGAGCUCUGCAAAUACGUCCAGAUAACCCUCGUGCUUUAGAGACUCGGGGCGCAGUGUAUCGGAAACUAGAGCAGUACGAUAAGGCUCUUGAAGAUUUGAGCAAAGUCUUGGCAUCUGAACCGAGCAACUCGUUUGCGCUUGGGAUCAGAGGAUCCGUUUAUCGACUGAUGGGCGAAUACCACGAAGCGAUGACAGAUCUCGACGAAGCUAUAAAAAUAGAUCCGGAGAAUGCGUUCGCGCUCGAGAAUCGCGGCAAUGUCCAUCGACUGAACAAUCGCUAUACAGAAGCUCUUGAUGAUUUUGACAAGGCGUUACAAAUAAAGCCAGAAAAUGCUUUUGUUCUCAGAGCUAGAGGUGAAACUUAUCGCAUGCUGUAUUGCUAUGACAAGGCCAUUGCGGAUUUGAAUCAGGCAUUGGAGCUCAGACCUAAUGACGUGGAUACUUAUGAAGUGCGUGGCGCUGUGUACAGAAUGCAGGCAAGGUAUGCCGAGGCGUUGGAUGAUAUAAACAAGGCACUGGAUAUUGGUCCGGCCAGUUCGUUUGCCCAUUUGAUUAGAGCUGAAGUGUAUUGGAAGUUGAAAGAACAUGAUAAGGCAAUAGUCGAAUUUGAGAAAGCUCUAGAGUUAGAACCUACUAACGUCUGGGCGUUGUGUUAUCGUGGAGAGUUGUAUCACGAGCUGGGAAAAUUAGCGGAGGCGUUAGACGAUUUGAAUAGAGCCAUAUCGGUCCCAACAACUGAGUGGUUUCCGCUGGCUGCGAGAGGGGCGAUAUAUAGAUCAUUGAAGGAAUACGACAAAGCUCUUGGCGACUUAAAUUCUGCACUAGAAAAGAAGACGGAUGAUUUGCAUGAUCUGGAGUAUCAGACUAAAGCACAUUAUCAUAGAGGAUGUAUCUAUAAAGAGACAAAUAGAUAUAAAGAGGCUUUAGAUGAGUUUAAUAUGGCUUUGGCGAGGGAAUCGGAUAAUGUUAAUGCUUUAUAUGAGAGAGGUUGUGUAUAUCUGGAACUUUAUCAGCAUAAGAACGCACGUUCCGAUUUUGAGAAUUUGUUAAAGUUUGAUUCUAAUCAUGAGGAAGCAAAAAAACAAUUGAUCAUAAUUAGUGAUAUUUUAGUUGGAGAUUCGUGUACAAAUGGUUAA